UCAGAAAUGAAGGAGUGAAUUUGAAACUGAGAAGAAAAGGAGGUGGGAAGGAAGUUGUGUUAGUUUGUCUGCCUUUCUCAGUGCUCUGUUACUAACUGAGAGUAAAUUAAAUUGUUUUUCCCCAGGUCAAGUCUGCUUUACCCAUCACAAUAAUUGGUGAAGUGGUGGUCCUGUCGUUAUCUUGACCUACAAGCUUUUUCAUCUCCUCCUGUUCUGCUGCUGAUGGGGAGAGUGUGGAUGAGUAGGCAUAUGGCAACCAGACAAGAUCGAACCACCACAAAGGAGAACUGCCACUAGGAACAGAUGUACUUGGAUAACAAGGAUGACAGUACGGUUUCUAGACAAGAAAUGGAGCUGAAUCGGACCCCUUCACAUCAAACCAGUUUAUCUGCAACAGUGGCAACCAAACCAGGGACCAGAAGUUGCAGUGAGCUGUGGCUCUUAAAAGAGUAUCAUGGCAUGGUAACGAGUCUUGGAGAGCCACAUACCCCCUGUGAAAAAGCAGCAAUUGAAGAAGAUGGCUGUGUUGCUCUGGGGAAGGAUUUCACUCAAGUCCCCAUGCAGGGAAGAUACCACUUCAAUUUUUCCAAAUUGUUCAGCUCAAGGUCAAGAACCACUUGCUUUACAGAGAGGACACCGCUUCUGAAGGUUUCCUCAGAGGAAAAUGGGUUGCCAUGGAUGGCUCUUCAUAACCCAGAUUUUACUACAGAUGAUGACUCGUGGGACAACAGCUCUGCUGAAUUUGAACAGAGAUUUCAUCUGGGAAGUGAAAUGAUCAGUUUGUCUAGAUCUGCUUCUUCUGAGAAAUAUGAAAUCUUGGACAACCUUCAUGUCAAGUUCAAUUUAUCAAAGAUGAGACGCUGUCUAAAAUUCCUGAAAAUUUCAGUCCUUUUUAUCUUUGUAGUAGUCUGUUCUAUUUUGUUUGGCAUUUACCCAGAUCAACGUGUGUCCUGGCAGAUGUUGGCUGUCUCGCCUCUGGAAAGCUUCUCUAUGAAUUUGACUGAUUUUCAUGAGUCUUCUCUGUUGAAGUUAGACAUAGGAGGCCCAUUUGCAGCAGAUGUAGCUGAUGAACAAAUGCAAGAAUACAUUUUAGUACAAGUCAGCCAGACUGAAGAAACUGGAUCAAGGAGGAGACGCCAACAGCAGGUGGUAUACAACUGGUCUUUACCCUUAAGUUCAAGAAGAAAUCAGCAAAUCAUCACAACCAGAACUUUUCAGAUACCAAACAGAGGCACCAUCUUCUUAAACAUUCAAGCUUUCCUGCAGCAACCUGGAAGUGUUCCUCUCUCCAUGAAACAUCAAUACCUUCAUGCAAAUAUAGAGGCACAAGUAACAAUUGCAUCCAUCAUCUUAGUAGGCGUCUAUGUGCUGAUCAUACUGGAAGUAAGUCAUGUUUUUGUGUAGUAAUUUUAUUUUUGCCCUUCACUACAAAUGGAACAUGAGGAAGAGUUUUGUUCUUGGUA